CUUCAACUUCCUGUCUCCUCCUCCUGACACGUUCCAGGAGUCGCAACUACCCGCUCGGAAGCUCUGCAUGCUGCUCUUCCUCCUCCCACUCGCAUUCAUCCUCCUGUUCCAGUCGAAAUCGCUCCUCCUCUUCCCUAUCAUCAUCAUCAUCAUCAUCACAACCAUCACCAUCAUAUUGCAACAGCGGAGAAAUCAGAUGAUGAGAGCGAGUUGUCUUCCACGGUUCUGAUCUCAGAAAUGUCUCAUCGCAACUCGUUUGAGCAAGAGGAAGAAAAGGAUGCAGAUGUCGAGAUCAAGAGCAAGACGCACAACUUGAUUGGACUUCCUGCUCUACAUCUCCAUAAGAAGUUGGAGAGCUCAACAGGCGAGCAGGAGCUUUUAUUGAACGGAGGUAAAACUUUACAAGGUGAAAAUUUACAAUUUACUUCCAAGUUGAUGAGAUCACAGUUGCCUUCAUGUCCAAGAACGGUGAAAGCCCCACCGUCCCUCCUCGUCGAGAUCGACUUUUCCGGAAAGAUGUGAAGUUUGUGACGAGAAACGAUGAAGAUGUCAAAGAAAUCAAUAACGUGUCUGGAUAUGCCAACGAUGAUGAAGAUAUGAUCGACGACUUACAAGACUUU